CAUGGAGCCCAACUCACAAUGGCUACCCCACGUUUCUGAAAUCUACGGGAAUCAGAACAUUUUUCCCCAAGACUUUCCUAACCACAAACAAUUUGAUUACAACCCGGCCUCCUCUGUACCAUUAAAUCCGAUUCAAAACACUCCACCUUCUUCCUGCCUAACCACUCUGGAUUCUAGCUCCAUCACUCAUGAAUUGGACAAUACAAGUUCCAUUUUAACUAGCCGUUAUCCCAACACACCACCAUAUUCUUCAUACUUGAUCAAUCAGAAUAUUGCAAGCUCUACUCCAAGCAGAUGCAGCGAAAUUCUUGAUGUCUUAAACAAUCGAAUUUUAAAUAAUUCCAUACCUACUUAUUCACCAAGUAUAAAUAAUAGUUCCACGAGGUUCUACAGUUUCUCUGAUGGAGAUUGGAAUGGAAACGAGCUCUGCAUGCAGCAAGGAAUGAAUUUUGAUCCGAAUUUGCCAAAUCUUUUGAUGAAUUCUGACUAUGGACUGAGAAAUAGUUCAGAAUGUCUUAGUUACCAACCAUGGUUUCGGCCUUCACUGUUUGAUCUACAACAGAGAUUGGAAUUACUUCUAGAAUCAAAAUUCCCGUAUUAUGGAAGUCCCAUAAUCGGUUCAGGCUUAGCAGAGAAUGCUCUUGCCAUGGAAAUGGGGUCCCAGGAAAGCUUGUUUGAUAUAACAACUCAAAGUGAUCAGAUAAAUAAGAUGACAGAGGAUGGCAUUGUGGACAGAGAAUUUGAAAGGAGGCAGGUUAGGAAGUUGAAGAACAGGGAAUCUGCAGCUCGUUCAAGAGUUAAAAAGCAAGAACACUUAAACUAUCUUGAGCAGAAGAGUUGGAGAUUGGAGAGAGAGAACGAGCUGCUGAGCAAAGAGCUGGUAUUUCUUCGAUCAAUUCCGAUGCCAAGAAUCCAACUUCGACGCAGUAGCUCCUGUGAAUUCCUUGAAAAUAAAACUCCUUUCUGAAGCAUUCAAAGCAAAUAAAAGGUGAAGGGGCAGUU